AGUCUUGUUAUCUUUUCAUGGCUGUACAUCGACUCAACAUAAAUGUUUUUUAACUUUCUACACAACGGUCAUUUGAGCUGCUGCCAGUUGGACUGUACCCCUGCUCGACGAAGACCAGCUUCACAAUCUACCUGAUUGACUUCCCUCCAGUCAUGCAGCUGGUGAUCCGGCGCUACCAUCCCUCAGACAAGGACGCAGUGUUAUCCCUGUUCAGUGCCGGCACCCUUGAACACAUCCAACCAUAUUUUAAUGAAGCCAUAUCCAGCCCUCUGUACAUCGCCAUCACUCUGGCUCUGUGUGUUGCUGGCUACCUCCUCGGCUCUGUGUUGGGGGCAGUGGUGUUACCAGGAGCCUGGUUGGGCGUUAUCUACUGCUGUUGUCACGAGGUACAUUCAGGCUACGUCAGAAAUAAACUCAAGACAGACAUGCAGGACAUCCCUGGGAACUAUCUGAGCAGACCGGACGACUGUUACUGGGUGGCAGAGGCUGAGCUUGAAGGGAUUGCCCAGAUUGUGGGUAUGGUGGCCGUGGUGGGCAAACAAAGCGGUAAUGAGCGAUACGGGGAACUGUUCAGGUUGAUCAUCGCACCAACAUGCAGACGGAUGGGCCUUGGUGUCAGGCUGGUUCAGACUGUGACUGACUUCUGUAAGGAACGAGGCUUUUCUGCAGUAGUGCUGGAGACCGGCUCCAAUCAGCAAGCUGCAGUGGCCUUAUACAAGAAACUGGGCUUCAGUCUGGUCCUGAUUCAUACCAACUCAUCAGCUCCCUCGUGGAUGUAUAUUCUGGCCAGGGCAACAGUUUUCAGAAUGAAGAAACAGCUGUAGUCCUGGAAUAACACUGAUCAGCUGCUAUGACUUUCCUGUUAUGUUCCUCUUUGUCAGUGAUUUAAGCUCAUGAAUCGAUCAUGCUUUACUUGAAUUAUAACUGCACAAUCAAUCCAAAUAAUCAAACUUGUAAUAUGGCCCAAUAUGGCAUUAUCCAAACCACAAGACCCUGUCAUUUUUUUUGAUGAAGGUAGAAUGUGCUGUAGUGAUGGAGAUGUCCUUUCCUACAAAUCUUGUUCAGAAUAUUCAAACAGCUUUGUAGAACAUGAUGUUCUUCAGUAAUCUGGGUGAAGUCAGUUUAACAAAGGUUAAGUAAAACACUCUUUAUCAAACAUGAGGGCUUUUCAUUGCAAAGAUAAACACUAGAGGGCGACAUUAAUAUAUGUAACCCUGCAGCACCUGUCUGUGAUGUGAGUCAAUAAUGUCUACUCUAUUGUAUUCAUUGAUUCUGACUCAAUUCAAGUACUUAAUAUAUGCGUGUGUAAAUGGUACAUAUA